AUGGAUAAUAAUAAUAAUAAGUCGUCUUCAUCGUCAACAUAUCCAUAUAACACAGCUCCUCCUCUUUCUCCUUCUACAAAUCAAGCAUCAUAUAAUAAUCCCUCUAACAAUUCUAGUCCAUAUCCUCCUCCUGGUUCUGUUCCAUAUCCAUAUCCUCCAUACCUUCAUUAUCAUCCGCCUCCUUACGCUGCUCAACAAUCCGGUCAUGUUAACUACAAUAGUUAUCCACAAGUUCCACCAGCAUCUCCAUCAGAAACAACACCUAGUAGACCUCAGCAGACUAAUCCCCCAUUAGAGUAUAGUAAUUAUCCUCCACCAUCACAUAUUGUGCAUUCUCCUUAUUCGUACCACGCGUAUUACCCUCCUCCUCCUCCUCCUCCUACAAUAUCGUCUUUUAGACCUGUACUUCAACAACAAGGGAGUUUUCAAUAUGGUUCAUCUCAAGGUCCUCUAGAGAGGCAAAAAUCCAAAGGUCAUGAUCAAUCUCCUAGCCUCCAACACCAAAAUAGUUUGUCGUCUGUUACUAGUUCCGCUGCAAGUAGUUUAUCAGAUGCAAAUAGUUCAUUGGCAAGCUCUGAUCAUGGUAACAAUGGACCAAUAGAUGAUCACCUAGCAAAUGUGCAUUUGUAUGAAAAUCCUUCCCCUGCCACUGCUGCCCCUGCAUCAUGUCACUCAGGACCGAGACCUCAUGUAGCGAAUAACUAUAAUGCCCGAGGAACAAUAUAUGGACAUCCCAACGCCUCGUUUUCUAAGGGGGAGGCAUCUUCUGUGGUCCAAUCCGAGCCGUGUCAUAGACCAACUCAUUCAAGAACAUCAAGUGGUGAACAACAAAAUAAUUGGGGUAUGCAAGUAAUGCCAUUUAUGGCUUCUAAAAAUAUUCUGCUAUUACAUGGAAAUCUUGAUAUUUGGGUAUUUGAAGCAAGAAACCUCCCAAACUUGGACAUGUUCCACAAGACCAUAGGGGAUAUGUUUAACAAAAUGGGAAACAAUGGGCAACUCGGUAAUAUGACAAGCGAUCCAUAUGUGACGAUUAUACUAGCAGGCGCAGUUAUAGGGCGUACUUAUGUCAUAAACAAUAAUGAAAAUCCUGUGUGGAUGCAACAUUUUAAUGUACCGGUUGCACAUUAUGCUUCUGAUGUGCAAUUUCUUGUGAAGGAUAAUGAUAUGGUAGGUUCUCAGCUUAUAGGGACAGUAGCAGUCCCCGUGGAACAUAUAUACGGAGGGGGAAAAGUCGAAGGAUUCUUUCCAAUCUUGAACAAUGGAAAACCUUGCAAAGCUGGAGCUGUUUUAAGGAUAUCAGUUCAGUAUUACCCAAUGGAUCAAUUAAGCUUUUACCACCAUGGAGUUGGAGCAGGUCCUGAGUAUUAUGGUGUUCCCGGGACUUAUUUUCCACUGAGGAUGGGUGGAUCAGUUACUCUUUAUCAAGAUGCUCAUGUGCCUGAUGGAUGUCUUCCAAAUUUAAAGCUUGACUAUGGGAUGAUGCAGUAUGGGCAUGGGAAAUGCUGGCGCGACAUCUUUGAUGCAAUAUGCCAAGCCCGCCGGUUGAUAUACAUUACUGGAUGGUCAGUGUGGCAUAAAGUGAGACUCGUUCGAGAUGAUGCUUCUGUAGAAGAUAGCUGUCUUGGGGAGCUUUUGAAGUCAAAAUCACAAGAAGGAGUCAGAGUGCUGCUUCUUGUAUGGGAUGAUCCCACUUCAAGAAGCAUCCUUGGCUAUAAAACGGAUGGCCUCAUGGCAACCCACGAUGAAGAGACUCGUCGUUUUUUCAAGCAUUCUUCUGUGCAAGUGUUGCUUUGUCCUCGUGUGGCAGGAAAGCGUCACAGCUGGGCCAAGCAAAGGGAAGUUGGAGUAAUUUAUACACAUCAUCAGAAAACCGUGAUAGUGGAUGCUGAUGCAGGAAACAAUCGACGAAAGAUCAUAUCUUUUGUUGGAGGACUUGACUUGUGUGAUGGGCGAUACGAUACUCCAGAGCAUCCUAUAUUUAGAACACUACAGACCGUGCACUCGGAUGACUAUCAUAAUCCAACUUAUGCAGGAAGUACUACUGGUUGUCCAAGAGAACCAUGGCAUGACUUGCACUGUAAAAUUGAUGGUCCGGCAGCAUAUGAUAUUCUGAAAAACUUUGAGGAACGCUGGUUGAAGGCAUCAAAGCCCCAGGGCAUCAGAAAGUUGAAGAAGACGUAUGAUGAUUCUUUGCUCCGAAUAGAAAGAAUGCCUGAAAUUCUUAGUAUUGCUGAGACUUCAUCUACGAGCAGCACCGAUCCUGAUAAUUGGCAUGUGCAGAUUUUCCGCUCUAUUGACUCGAAUUCAGUCAAAGGCUUUCCAAAGGAUCCGAAAGAAGCUACAAUGAAGAACCUGGUAUGCGGAAAAAAUGUACUUAUUGACAUGAGUAUUCACACAGCAUACGUGAAAGCCAUUCGUGCUGCGCAACAUUUUGUUUACAUUGAGAAUCAGUACUUCAUUGGUUCCUCAUACAAUUGGAGUCAAUAUAACGACGUAGGAGCCAAUAAUCUGAUUCCUAUGGAAAUUGCACUUAAAAUUUGUGAAAAGAUUAGAGCACAUCAAAGGUUUGCAGCAUAUAUUGUCAUCCCAAUGUGGCCAGAGGGUAAUCCAACUGGUGCUGCUACACAAAGAAUUCUCUUUUGGCAGCAUAAGACGAUACAAAUGAUGUAUGAGACUAUUUACAAGACUUUAGUGGAGGUUGGCCUUGAGGAUGCUUUCUCUCCACAAGAUUAUUUGAACUUUUUCUGUCUUGGUAACCGUGAGGUCGAUGUAGAGGAAACUGAGAAUUCUGGUGCUGCUAACACUCCUCAGGCACUGUGUCGAAAAUACAGAAGAUUUAUGAUAUAUGUUCAUUCUAAAGGCAUGAUUGUGGAUGAUGAAUAUGUCAUAUUGGGAUCUGCAAACAUCAAUCAACGCUCACUUGAGGGUACCAGAGACACGGAGAUAGCGAUGGGAGCAUAUCAACCUCAUCAUACAUGGGCAAGAAAUCAGUCAAGUCCCAGUGGACAGAUAUAUAGGUAUAGAAUGUCUCUGUGGGCUGAGCAUCUCGGAGUUGUUGAUGACUACUUCAUCCGACCUGAGUCUCUAGAAUGCGUAAGACGCGUUAGAUCAAUGGGUGAAGCAAACUGGAGACAGUUUUCAGCUGAUGAAGUAACUGAAAUGAGAGGUCACCUCUUAAAGUACCCUGUUGAAGUUGAUAGGAGAGGCAAGGUGAAGAAUGUUCCUGGAUUUGAAGAAUUUCCAGAUGUUGGUGGAGAUAUAAUUGGAUCAUUCCUAGCCAUUCAAGAAAAUCUUACUAUUUAAAUUUUGCCCAUUCCUUUCCCAACUUGUAUUUUUGACAUUAGUAAUAAGACACAUUGGUGGA